AUGAAGCUUUGCUUCCGCACCAUGGAUGGAGCAUUGCUGGAUGCUGAAUUUGAAGCAUCUGACUUUGUGUAUGACGUGUCGCAGCAGCUGGCAACGACACACAAAGCGAACCAGCAGGUUUCGGCAAGACUUACCCGUGAGGGCGCCUUGCUGCCUCCUGGAUUUCGUCUCUCUGAAUGUGCGCUGAAGGAGGAUGACUUAAUUGACGUGAUUUUUGUCGCAUGGACACCGCCUCUCGAGCAGAGCCGGCUAGAAGUCCUUCCGCGACGUACCAUAGACGCCCUUUGCGUAAAUGAAACUCACUUGGAUGCCUCAGGUAUUUUCACAAGGAGCAGUGAGCGUCACGAGAUGGCGGUGCAACUUGCAUCCAACAUCAGGCCCUCUCUCAUUGUCCUGGAUAUACGGCAGUGUGGAUUGAGCACGGAGAGCUUGCUCCAGAUCUUUGAGCUUUUGCCCGAGUCAUUGCAAGAGCUGUGGGCAGGUCGGAACCACUUUGAUGGUCAAGUCCUGGAGUGUUUGCAGCAGAAGUCGCUGAAGCUCCGCGUCUUAGAUAUCGGCUACAGCAGCUGCGAGAACAUGCAGAAACUCCCAGAUCUUGUCACGGAGCUCACUGAGCAGUUGAUGUUGGGAGAUUUGGAUGACAUGGAAGCCUCAGUCUUCGAGGCAGCCUUAGCGAAGUGUCCUCAUUUGAGGCUUUUGGACAUUUUCAACAACGAUUCUUUGGAGAGAAGCUUUGGUGUCAUUGCCCAAUGCUCGCAGCUGCGACAGCUCUUGGCUAAGCGCGUGGAGUUCCCGAUCGAGGGGCUCAAGCAGAUCUUGCACCAGUGCCUUCACCUGGAGCAUUUGGUCAUCGAGAACGUCCAGGAUCUAAGUGUGGUGCGGUCUUUGGCGAAGCUGAAUCUGAAAGUCUUGCAGGUUGCAGUAGUCGAGACGGGGCAGAUCCUCCCUGCGAUUGUGGCACUGAAGGUGGAGACCUUGAUGAUUUCGUUGCAGCAGGCUGACGGGGAUGCGGAUGCCUCUCUGGCUUUCAUGGAGGACGUGGGGCCUCUUGUCGAGAGCUUCAAGAGUUCCCCAGCCACAUGUCUUGCUUUGGAAGCCGCCGCGGUGGACCUGGAAAUUUUAGAAGCAAUCGGCACUCGACUGUGUAGCAUCGGACAGGGAUGGGACAGCGCUUCGAACUCCAUCUUGUCGUCCUUGGCCAAGACUCCCCUUUGUUGUGUGAACCUCCUGUCGCUCUCAAUCAAUUAUUUUGAACAGAUUGAUCCAAAGGAACUUGCCCAAGUCGCAGCUGCUUGUCCCAUGUUGCGGGAUUUGAGCCUCAAUGCUGAUGACGAUGAGUUUCAAGUGGCUGCAAUUGACGAGGGGGUUUUAGCACUGGGCCAGCACUGUCACAAGCUUGAGCACUUGGACAUGUAUGACCGGAUCAUGGCGCAGCCAGCACAGACAGUCAUGACGGCGUGUGAGGGCUGGCCGUUGUUACGCUACCUAUGCAUGGCGGGCUGCACGCGUGAAGACUGGGAGACCGUCGAGCAGAUCCACGAGCUCCCAGUGGUCUUGGCCACAAAGUGUCCCAAGAUUCAAGAAGUGGUCAUUUAUGAUGACGAGAUGACCCAGCUCUUUGAUGCCGAGCUCGGGAAACGAUGUGCGCUGUAUGGGCGGGAUUUCCUGGACUUCGAGACGGAUUCCGAAGACUGUUCGGACGAGGAUUAG